AUGCCGGCCUUGAAGAGUGAGUACGGAAGCCGAAAAGGAGCCAAGAAUUUAAGGAGGCAGCCGGGAACGGGCGACUACUUGCUCGAGCUGGAGAGUUCCAUGGCUGAGACUAGGCUCCGGGUUCCGGACCUAGGAGCUCCCAGCUGGCUGGAAAAAUGCCAGAAGAGCUCACCAGGUGCUAGGAGGCAGCCUUUUUCCGGGAAGACCUUUUACUUGGAUCUGCCCACUGGCAAGAAUCUUCAGUUUUUGACAGGGGCCAUCCGGCAGCUGGGUGGGGUAAUUGAGGGUUUUCUGAGCAAAGAAGUGAGUUACAUCGUGUCCAGCCGCAGGGAGGCCAAGGCAGAGAGCAAUGGGACGAGCCACAGAGGCUGCCCCGGCCCCAGCGAGGUCAGAGUGGAAACACCAUUCUCGGCAGAUCCAAAAGGCAGCCACACCACACCUUUACAAAAACCUGGAGAUGUGGUGCCUAUGAGCAGAGGGAAGGAGCUAGUGCAGAAGGCCAUCAGAAACCAGGGGAGUGGCAGUGGAGGAGGCAGCGGGUGUGGCAGCAGCCUCCUGACCAAUGCCCGCUCCUGGGGAGUGAGGAUUCUGCAUGUGGACGAAAUGAUGAUGCAUGUGCAGCAGCUGUCUCUUGGUGCUCUAUGUGAAAGGAAACAAGAGCCGAAGAAGCCAGAGGGAACACGUCCAGCAGGAGAGUCAAGAAGGCGGAAAGUGGCCAGGCUGAGGGCACCAUUCCUUAAAAUCGAAGACGAGAGCAGGAAGUUUCGUCCCUUCCAUCAUCAGUUUAAAUCUUUCCCUGAGAUUUCUUUUCUGGGACCUAAAGACGCAAGUCCCUUUGAGGCUCCGACAACACCAGGCAGCUUGCACCAUACCAGAGAACCCAAGGACCAAGAGCCAGGCCCACAGUCACCUGCCCGCACUGUGCACAGGAAGAAGAAAGGGUACUGUGAGUGCUGCCAAGAGGCCUUUGAGGAACUCCAUGUGCAUCUCCAGAGUCCCCAGCACCGCGGCUUUGCCCUAGAAACCCGUCCAUAUGCAGAAGUGGAUCGCAUCAUUGCACGGCUCAGCUCCAGCCUUGCAGCCAUCCCCUUCCAGGCCAGCCUCCCCAGGUGAGCCGCCUCCUCGGCUCCAGAUUGUGAUUCCCUGUGUCCUGAGACUCUGCCCCCCAGCCAGCUCUCCCUCCCUAGGGCAGCCUCUCCCCGGAUGAGAAAAGAAGACCACCAGGCCCCAGGGGCCUCAGAGCAGGAUGGGACAGUGGGCAGCAUGACGUCACCAGCUGAACCUACAGGGACUGGUCAAGUACCUGGACCAGCAGCAACCUGCCAGGCACUGCAGGAGUUGAUUGAUGCCUUUGGGGACUCUCCAGGAAUCCCAGAGUCCAGGAGCCCUGCUUGUCAAUGUGUGCUAGACAGCUCUGGUUUUGCAGACCUCUCCUCUGGCCCAGACCUGGCACUUGUUGGUCACAAGCGGAAAGUUCUGUCCCCCAGUGGCAAUGCUGAGAAGAGGCCAGGAAGCUCCCGACCACCCUCUUCUUUGGUCCCAAGAUCCCUCAGACCACACGGCACCAUCAGUAGCGGGCAUCUCCCCUCCCUUCCCAUGCCAGGUCAUGAGCCCAGGUCCCUGGCUACCCCGCCCCUGUGCUAUCCACAGACCUGCCUCUCCCUCCCAGACCCCUCACUCUGGCAGCCCACAGACAGGUAAGCAGAGCACUGGGCUGCCCAUACCCCCUGGCCUGGAAGAGGGUGGCCUCCAGAAUUGGGAGUGCUGGGGCCAGCUGCUCCCGAUGGUUCUUGGAGCCCCAACCGCUCCAAGUCCCCUGCCUCCCUGGCUGCCAUCUGGACCAGCUCCAGCCCCAGCCUGGCCCUGUCAGAGAACUGCUCCUCUGAGUUCCCCUGGGCCAGACCGUCUCCAGGCUUGAUAGCCACAGAUACCAGUUACACCUGUUGGUGCUGUACCCCCACCAAGGCUGACCAGAAGCAGAACCCUAGGACCUCCUCAAAGAGCCAGAAGAAGUCCCAGGCCUGCCCUUUGAGGUCCAAGGAAACAGCUGCCAUGGCCACGCUCAGUGGAGCCCACAAGGAAAAAUUGAAGGAAGAAUUGGCUGAAGAGCAGGAAGAACUGCAGAGGAAGGAGGCCCCAGGCUGGGUUCUCAAGCUGGCCAGGCCUCCUGGUCGGGGGCUCCUGAGGGAGGGCUUUGAGUAG